UUUAACCUUACCUUGGGGGGUGGCCGUAAAUUUGCCCAAAAAAUAAUUACCACAAGGAAAAGGACAAUAAUGAAAACUUUCCUCGUGACUAAUUUGGGAUAAGCAACCAAUUUGCUUUCAAGACUGUAUUUUUUUUUCCAGUCUGCCAAAUUUAGUACCUAAAUUAUAAAUGGGUACUAUAUAUUUAAUACACAUCUUCAUCAAACGUAACAAAUACUAUCACAUAAUUUAAAACCACAAAAUAAAAUAAAAAUGGCAAGAAAAAGGGCUAGUGUAGCAAUUUUCCUUUUUACAUUUCUCCAAGUUGCUACAUUUUGCAAUUCAGUCCCCCUGUCAACAAAUUCCAGGUGGAUAAUCGAUCAAGAAACCGGAAAACGAGUGAAACUAACAUGCGCGAAUUGGGUUUCACAUUUACAGCCAAUGGUAGCAGAAGGCCUGGAGAAGAAGCCGUUGAGCUACAUAGCGAAGAAGGUUCCGGAAACGGGGUUCAAUUGCGUGAGGUUCACUUGGCCGACUUUUAUGUUCACCAGGCCUGAUUAUUACAACCUUACUGUUUCCGAAUCGCUCGAUAAAUAUAACCUGACAGCUGCAAAAUCAGGUAUUGCCGAAAAUAACCCUGGGUUUCUGAGCAUGAAAGUGGCCGAAGUUCACAUGGCUGUGGUUAAUGAGCUUGGUAAGAAUAAGGUGAUGGUGGUUCUUGAUAACCACGUCAGCCAACCAGGGUGGUGCUGCGGUGAUAACGAUGGCAACGGGUUUUUCGGGGAUGCUAACUUUGACCCGGCUGAAUGGUUGCAAGGGUUAACUGCGGUGGCAAGGGCAUAUAAGGGUAAUUCUGCGGUGGUCGGCAUGAGCAUGAGAAACGAGCUACGCGGCCCACGUCAAAACACGGACGACUGGUACAAAUACAUGCAACAAGGAGCCAAAGCAAUCCACAAAGAGAAUCCCGAUUUCCUCGUGAUAGUCUCGGGUCUCUACUACGACACAAACCUCGGAUUCUUAAAGGAAAAACCGUUGCCACUACAAAAAAACCUAGACAACAAGUUAGUGUACGAAGCACAUUGGUACACAUUCGGCACCGGGGCAGACAAAUGGGACGCACAAACGAACAACUUAUGCGCCGCCGUCACAAAAAUCGCACGCGACAAUUACAUUUUCUUGACCACGGGGGAGAACCCUUUCCCUCUCUUUCUGAGUGAAUUCGGUAUCGACCAAAGGGGUACGAACGAGGCGGAGAAUAGGUAUAUAAGUUGCCUUCUGGCGGUGGUGGCGGAGAUCGAUAUCGAUUGGGCAUUAUGGACUUUUCAGGGGAGCUAUAUUCUGAGAGAAGGAACACUUAAUCUUGAAGAAGUUUAUGGUGUUAUGGAUCUUAACUGGGAUGGUCCUAGAAAUCCUCAGUACUUGGACAGACUGCAAAUUCUAAGACAGAAGAAUCAAGAGUUGGAGUCGAAGAACCCGAAUUACUACAUAAUGUUCCACCCGCAAAGCGGGAAGUGUGCGCACAUUUACAAGUAUGGCGACAUUAUUCUAGCAACCUGCGAAACGGCGACCCGGUGGGAACAACACCAAGACGGUGGACCAAUCAAGUUGGCGGGGGGGAGUUCACGGUGUCUGACGGUGGCGGGAGAUGGUGGUGCCGCUAGUGUCUCCGGUGAUUGUUCGAGCAAGUGGAAGAUUGUAUCGAGCUCCGGCCUUCACUUAGCGGCUCAAGAUGGAAAAGGGAAGUAUUUGUGCUUGGAAAUGAAUGCUACUGAUAAUUUCACCAUUGUUACCAAGAAAUGUCUGUGUGUUGGAGACGAUCUUCGUGAUUUUCCGACAUGUUCGGAUAAUCCACAAGGGCAGUGGUUUAAGCUUGUCCCUGCAAAUGUUGAUUAAUGCCCUAUAUAUCCAUAUUGAUGUACUAUUACAUGCCAUGCCUUCAAAAAAAUUAGGCCAUUGUAAGGCAAAUUAUAUAGCUAUGCUAUAUAUGUGUAGCUUGAGCAUUAUUAAAUUUUUUUUUAGAAGAAAUUUAAAAUUAUUCUCCUAAUAAUAUUAUCUUUGCAUUGAUGAUAUC